GGCAUGACGUCAUCACACACGUGGUUAAUGUUUGUUGCAGGAAGUGAAAAUGGCGGACACUGCUUUGCUAACCGAGUCAGCACUCGGAUGGUCCAUUUUCGCCUUUGUGCUCCUGGUUAUUCUGGCCUUCUGCUGGGUUUACAUCCGCAAGUACCAAAGCCGUCAGGAGAGCGAGGUGGUCUCGACCAUCACAGCGAUAUGUGCACUGGCCAUCGCCCUCAUCACAUCCGCCCUCCUGCCCGUGGACAUCUUCCUGGUGUCCUACAUGAAGUACCCCAAUGGCACCUAUAAGGAGUGGGCUGCCAGCAACGAGACUCGCGGUCCGGUGGAGAACACCGUCCUGUACGGAUACUACACUCUGUACAUCAUCAUCCUGUUCUGUGUAUUCUUCUGGAUUCCCUUUGUGUAUUUCUUCUACGAGGAGAGGGAUGAUGACAACGUCAACAAGUGCUCGCAGGUGAAGAAUGCACUGAAGUACACAGUGGGCUUCCUGGUCGUGUGUUCAGCGCUGCUCCUGAUUGGGGCCUUCGUUCCCCUAGAGGCUCCGCCCAAUCAGAACUCCACGCAGUGGGAGAAGGUGCAGUACCUGUUCGAGGAGCUCGGAAGCAGUCACGGUCUGGCGGCUCUGUCGUUCUCCAUCAGCUCUCUGACCUUGGUGGGCAUGCUGGCAGUGAUCACCUACACGGCAUACGGGAUGUCGGUGCUGCCGCUGAAUCUGAUCAAGGGCACUCGCAGCGUGGUGUAUGAGCGUCUGGAGAACUGCGAGGACAUGGAGGAGGUGGAGCACCAGAUCGAGAAGCUCAAAUCCAAGUGUGAGGACGGGAGGCCCCUGUCGUCUCGGGACAGGCGCACGCUGCAGGACCUGGAGUCCCGGCUGCGCGUACUGCAUCGCAGAGAGCGCCACCUGGAGGUGGCCGCCAAGAACUGCUGCACCCAUGUGGCGGGAGCCCUGAGGCCGGUGAAGAUCGUGAUGGGCGUUUUCUUCAUCCUGGUGGCCCUCCUGUUCACCGUGGCCCUGUUCAUCUCAAAUCUGGAUAAGGCUCUGCACUCGGCCGGGAUCAACUCCGGCUUCGUGGUCUUCGGGACCAACAUCACCAACCCUCUGAACGAGCUCCUGCUGGCCCUGCAGCCCGUGUUCCCGUUGGAUUACAUCCUGAUAACGGUGAUCACCAUGUACUUUGUUCUCACGUCGAUGGCGGGGAUCAGGAACAUGGGCAUAUGGUUCUUCUGGAUCCGGCUGUAUAAGAUCCGCCCCCAGCGGACGCGUCCCCAGGCCCUGCUCUUCCUCUGCAUGAUCCUCCUCCUCAUCGUCCUGCACACCAGCUACGUGAUCUACAGCCUGGCCCCGCAGUACGUCAUGUACGGCAGCCAGAAGUACCGCGUCCCGAGCAAGGUUCUGUUGGCCAAUGGCAGCCCAGGGAACAGCACCGUGGAGAUUCCCAGGAUCUGCGAUGCGGACGCCCCUACAGACCAGUGCACAGUGACACGCUCCUACCUGUUCCUCCACAAGUUCUGGUUCUUCAGCACCAUCUACUACUUUGGAAACUGGGGCUUCAUUGUGGUGUUCCUGAUUGGCCUGGUGGUGUCCUGUUGCAAGGGGAAGAAGUCGGUGAUCGAGGGCGAGGUGGAGGCUGAUGAUUCUGACAUGAGUGAUGAGGAGUACCUGCACUGACCCAGGAAACGCACCUGGACCCACGGCUUCAACGGCUGUGUCACCUGCUGGAAUCAGCCCCGGCUUGCAAAGGUUUGGCUAGAUUGAAACGUAUAAACUUUGGAUAUAAAAUAUCGAAAGGUUUAAAGCCGUUAGGAGAUUUCGGUAACUUUGAAAUGUGUGUAAAUACUCUCCCUUUGCUUUUUGGUUCUGAAUUGAUGAGAGAUUACUGAAAAGCGAGGUCAAAGGUCACUUUUACAGCAUGUAUUUGAGGCGGGUGACGGGUUCCUGAAAUCCAUUUAUUUCGUUACUUUUUUUCUGUUUUUCACUUCUGGGUCAAUAAGAAGGUCCAGAAUUCUUGUAACUUGAUUCCCUGAAAGUUUGGGGUUGUCAUGACUAAUUAAGGAUGCUAAUUUGUAUAGAUGUUUCGGUAUAUAUUAAGAUUGAGCAAAACCACAAACCUUUUUGUGAAUUUUAUCUCUGGGGGACAUGGGUUUAAUAUCCAUGCUUGACUUUUGUUGUAUUUAAUUAAUUUAUUAUUAUUCUUUUUAUUUCAUUUUAUAUUUUUUCUUCCAUAUUGUAUCCAACUGUUUAUUUGUGGUAUGCCAUUAUCACCAAUACUGGGAGAAAAAAUGGAGGGGUUUGAUAGAUGAGUUGUGCUUUAACUGAAACGUGUUCUCCAGUGUUGUGGUAUUACACAAUCAGCGCACUGGUGAACAGAGAUUAAAAUAAUUUGCUUUGAUUAACAACAGGCAGUAUUAAAGGCAGUAAAGUGUGAUUAUUAAAUACAAUAAAGCGUGGCGGGGAGACAUCUUGUCAUUUUCUAACAAUCAUGGUUCAUUGCACGUCUGCACUUGGGUUCUUUUGAGAAAUCUUAACAUUGUCUUUGUGUAAUUAACUUGGCCAUUAGCAGAUUAUGUUGUUAGCGGCCAUCUUGCGAGGGUUUUCCAGUCUUUCCUGGUCUUCUCUCAGAUGGGGUUAUCUGCUGAGCGUGGUACUACUGGGAUGGCUGGUUGAACCUUCAGUUUUCAAUGUGAAAGGAAGCAUUUUACAGCUGUCAAUUUAUGUAUUUUUUUUCCAACUUCCAAUAAAGACAUAAAAACUGUU